CUCCACGUGGCUCAGCUUCCACCCUAAAAUGUCAUCAUGUCAUCAGAAACUUCACUCCUUUUUCAUCUCGUGCACCGAACAGCUCCCUCCUCUGCCUCUUCCUCAACUUUUUUUUUCUUUGUCUACAUCACUUGCAGAUUUCUGCAAGACUUGAGUCCGGGAUUUAAUGGAAGCCAGUCUGCUGGAAGCUUUUUGGACAGAGUGAGCUUUUGCAUUCCUCACAUCUGCAAUAUUUUCUGGAAAUUGCUGGCUUCCUGAAUGUUUACAGUGGGAUGGACCUUAAAUACUUCUGUCUGCUGCUCUGUGCAGCUGUUCUGACAAUUUCUGGGAUUUCUGGUGAAGAUAAGAAUGGUACCGCGUCCAGAUGGACCAGGCAGAGCAUCCCACUCCUAGUGGACACACACACACAGGUUUUAAACACCCCUUUAUUCAAAGGACAGGAUGAAGAUGAAGAAAAGGGAGGUAUGAAUAGACUCUGUGGAAUAGAGUGUCAAAGUCGGCUACCGAAUAUGGAUCAGAGAGAGCAAGAAAGGAUUCUCGGCUAUCAGACAAUGUAUGAGAACAGUACUGUCACGCGUACAUGUGUUGUUUUAGAAGGUUUUAAUGAGAUGUCCCAAGGUAGCCUGGAUUGCCCCUCAACACGCACCCGUAGAAAACGCCACAUCUACGGAGCAGAUGGCCGGUUUGUGAUCUCCAACUCACAUUUCAGCACUAAUUACCCAUUUUCGACCGCCGUACGUCUCUCCUCAGGGUGCUCUGGAGUCCUUAUAUCACCAAGUCACGUACUAACAGCGGCCAGCUGCAUCCAUGAUGGGCAGGACUACCUUCAGACUGCCAGACAACUUAAAGUAGGAUUGCUCCAGCUUAAGGUAAAAAGAAGAGGAGGCAAAAAGAGAAAAGGACGGCGCAGAGGUGGGAGCAUUGGCGAGGAGAAAGGAGUGCUAAUGGAGGAAGGUGAAGGAAGGAAUAAUAUAGAAGGAGAUAUAGGGAGAGGGCAAAAGAGAGGGAAAGGCAGGAGGCAAAGAGGAAGAACGGGGCACGGGGUGGAAGGUGAAGGUGAGUUUGGGACAGGAGGGAACCAAAAAAGGCGAAGGCUCAACCGUGUCCGACGUGGUACUGAAGCCAGACAGGUGCCUGUUUUCCGCUGGACCCCCGUCAAACAAACCCAAAUCCCCCAAGGAUGGAUCCACAACACGAGCUCAAGCCACUCCCCUGACUAUAAUUAUGCCGUCCUGGAACUGAAACGACGCGCCAAGCAAAGGUUUAUGAAGCUCGGAAUUGUUCCGUCUGAUGUUCCGCUGACACGGAUCCACUUCUCGGGCUACGACGCUGACAGAAGUCUCCUGGACGGCCACAGGAAUGAGAAAGUAGUGUCGUUUUGUUCUGUGGCAGAAGAGUCUGAUGAUUUGAUGUACCAGCGCUGUGACGCUGAACCAGGUGCGACAGGUGCAGGCGUGUACGUUCGUCUGAGACAACUGGGGGGAGAUGGAGCAAGAAAGGGGAGUUGGCAGAGGAGGAUAAUUGGGGUAUUCUCAGGCCAUCACCAGGUGGAUAUGGAUGGGGGUGGGCAGCAGGACUAUAAUGUGGCAGUGAGGAUCACCGCUCCCAAAUAUGCCCAGAUCUGCCACUGGAUCCACGGAGACCCCAAACUUUGCAAAGAGCUUUGAACUGCAGAGUCAAGAAACACUCUACGGCUGUUCUACAGACACAUUCGAGUAGAAUUCAAGAUGAAGCAUGUUCAGUCAUAGUUUGUCAGGCCAUAGAUUAAUCCAGUAUGUCCCUGAUUUUGGAACUGAAACGUUUUCCCAUCUGUCUGUCAAUUUUAGAGAUGUUUGAAAGAACUUUGCCUUUUUAAGAAGAGUCCCAUUCCCCCAAAACACCAACCUUUCUUUGCCAUGUAAAAAUAAUUACUCACCAGUAUAGCACUAAUUCCAUCACAGUUUUACAUUAGAGAGAAAUGUUAUAUGCAUAAUGACAAUCAUUCGAAUUAAAGUGCAAUCAUUUAAAUAGGAUCCUAAAAAUACAUUGUAUUGAUAACAUGCGUUUUUUUGUUAGUCAGUUCAGAAGUCAUACAACAGUUGCCACAAACUGCACAAAUAAUAUCAAAAAGGGCUCUAAAUACAAUCUACUCUUCAAUCUGAUCCAUAUUAUUGCUGGUAAAAAACUAACAAGCUACAUUCAGUUCAUGUGACAUUUAAAGCUACAGUGUGCAGGGUUCAGUGUCAUCUAGUGGUGAGGUUGCAGAUUGCAUUAUGUCAUCGCAGGUCGUGAUUUUGUUUCUCUUCAAAUGUUCUUCUUCUUUGGCGAUGGGGAUUCAUGCUCCUUUGCCUUCUCUUGCACUAGGCAAUAUGUAUGAGCUUCCAUUUCCCAAAAAAAAUCAAGGUUCUCAACCAUGUUAGCCUACAUUAGCAUCCAAUAGGUGGUGUCUCGGGCAAUAAUGGCUGAUUACCUUUUCUUUCUCUUCGACUGCAGCAAAAUUCCAAAAGCAGAGUAAGUAUGUCCCAUUUGGGCCUCUGUAUCAACAUGGCAGUCCAACAUGACAGCCUCCAUUGUUGGGGGCAACCAUGUAGAUAAAGUAGGUUAAUGUUUAUGUUAUGAAUAAUUAGCAAUCAUCCCCAUUCGUUUGUCAUUUUCAUUUUUAUUUUUCAAUACUUUGCAUUGCUACAAUGUUUUGAGAUGAACUUAAGUUGGAAAUAAAGAACCUUCUGAAUAGUGAA